AUGAAAGAUAUGGUUGAUAUUGUUGAAAUUGAUCGCUUAUGUGAACAAACGUUUUUUUGGUUGAAGGCAACGCCAGGCGAAGUUGGAUAUUCGAUGAAAUUGAAAGAUGGAACUAUUAUCAGUGAUAAUUUCACAGUUCUUCGAAAAGUUCUUGAUCAAAUCAUUAUGCAAAAUUUUCGAGAAGAUGAAGGUCCAGUAAUGCAGAUAUUCAUUUUUAUUUUUAAUGAAGAAAUUAUCGAACAAAUGAAACGAGGAAGAGUUUUUAUUAUGCAUCCUGACGACGAAAAAGCAUAUAUCUAUACAUUCAGUAAAGUUGUUGAGAGUGAGUUUUCAAAAUCGCUUAUACUUUACUUACCUUGAAUAUUUUUUCAGAGAAAUUGAUUGAGAAGAAAGGUGUUCUGAAACCGGGAACGGAAGUUUGGAAUAUUGAAGAAGCUCGAAGUUAUCUGCUUGAAAAAUUUCCAACAUAUCGCGAUGCUUUCCAUACUCCAAUGUUGAAAUAUUUCUCUUCUCGAAAAGAUAUCGAAAAUCUCAAAUUUUUGUGUGAUUUAGCUCUCGAUACAGUGAAAUGUUCACACAAAAUCACCGAAAUGCCUCAUUAUUUUGAUGAGAAAAAUGAUUGUGAAGCAAUCAAAGAAGAAAAUAAGAAGAUUUAUUUGAGAACAUUUUGUGAAAUGAAAAUUGAAGAUCGAAAAGAAUGGCAUUUGUUCAGUGAAGAUGUUUUGGAUACAAUUGAAUAUGUUUUGAAAAGAGAUAAUCAAUUUGAUGAGAAUAAGAAGAAUAAAAUCGAAAAAUGGAAAAAAUCUUGGCCACAAGGAACAACAGUCACUGUCAAAUGUUUUGAAACUAUUCUCGAUACAAUGAAUCUCCAAAAGUCCAACUUUGCUUUAGUUCCAGAUAUUGAUUUCACUAAAAGUUUAUAUGAAUUGCCAUUAAAAAUGAAUUAUAGUGCAAUGUUAGUUAUGUCACCAAAUGGAAUUCCUUCGUAUCAUCAAUUUCAAGCACAAUUUCUCUUCUUUCAAUUUGCAGUUUGUGAUAUCAAUUGGAAUAAUAAAAAAGAACAAAAUGAAAAAGAAAUCUGGAAGAAGAAAAUUAUUGAAGAAAUGAAAAAUAUCAAAAAGGGAUAUAGUUCAGAGAGCGAAAUUUUAACAAUGAUUGAAAAAUUCAAAUAUUCACCAUUGGCUCAGAAAACAGCAUUUGCUUUCUUCCACGUUCAUCAUCAUGAAGUAAAAUAUAAAAACAAAGAUGUUGAAAAGUUUAUCAAAGAAUUUGGAAUGUCGAAAAAUCAAAUGAGAAAACAUUUGACACCAAUCAAUAAUAAUACAGUAUUUUUGAGAUAUACUUUGAUGAUGUUAAAUAUCGACCAGUUUUUUGGAGAAAAUGAGAAAGAAUUGAAAAUGAAUAUCAUGAAAGGGUACAGUAUCAAUUUGGCAAAUGUUGACAUUCAAAAUAAUAAUGAUUUUAUGUAUUGGAUGAAUUCGCCAUUUUCAACAGAAUUCUAUGAUUGGACAGGAAUUUGGAAAUGUUUUGAUACGUUGGAAACAUUUAGAGAAGGUCAAUCAAUUAUCUCUAAAUUUUAUGAAUCGCAUAUCGGUAAGGAAAGGGUAUAUUAUAGUUUUUGUUUGAAAAAACAUAUUAUUUAUAGAUUUUCGCUGUAAUCAUUACGCAUUUGAGGAAUCUGAUGAAUAUGGAAAACGAAUGCCAUUAACGAAUCCUAGAGCAAAUCGAUGUGCUGAACAAAAAGCUCGAUCAGUUGCGUUGUUCCGAAAACUUUUACCGUAAGUUUUUUGAAACUUUUAAAAAUCCUAUUAUAGUUAGAAAUAUUCUUAUUUUUUAUUAGGGUGAGUUAAAAUCUUACACUCUAAUGUUUAUUGGAUAUAGCAGUCUAUGACAAUUUCGAUAAUAUAAUUUAUUUUUGCAGGCAAGUGUUAUCUCAAAUGAAAGAUGAUGUUUUCGUGAAAACCGACGAGUUUAUUUUUGGAUUUUCCAAAUUUUUCGAAGAAUCUCUUCCUUCUUAUCCUGGAGAAGACUUUAGAAAGGUUUGAUUAAUAUUAUGAAAUUCCAAAAAAAAACACUGAUUUUCAGAAUUUCGAAGUGAUCAAACCAUUUUGGCAAGAAGUAUUCAAAGAUGAUCUCGAUUAUGGAAGAUUUAAUGGAAUUGAAUAUUGUAGAAAGAAAUCGACUAAAUCUGAAGAAGAUAGAAAAAAUGAGGAAAAAAAGGAAGAGCCCAUUUAUGUGACUGAAACAAAAGUUAUCGAAAAUUGUAAGAAAUGCAUUGAAAUUGAGAGAAAAACGAUGAAUUUCGAAAGAAAAUUGGAAGAAUUGAAGAAUAUUCAAAAAUUGAAUAAAAAUGCGAUGAAAGAAAAAGAGGAUGAUUUGAAAGUGAUCAAUUUGCAAAUCGAACAAAAUAAAUUGAAAUAUGAAGAAACAUUGGAAAAUCAUAGAAUUGAUGUUAAAAAUCGAGAAAUAAAGAUUGAACAAAUUGAAAUGGAAAUUGUACAACAUUUAGAAGAUGAAAAUAAUGAAAGAAUGAGAUUAUCAACUGAAAUUAGACAAAGUUUAUGGAAGGAAAAUGAUGAGAUUGAAAAAAUGAAGAAACGAUUGGAAAAUGCGAAAUUCGCUGAUCGAAAUAUGAAUUCAAUUAUUGAAAAACUGAUCAAAGAAAAUAAUGAAUUACAAUUGGAAAUUGAAAUUCGAAAUGAGAAUAAUUCACAAAUUAAUAAUAAUUUGUAA